AUGAAAAUCUUAUGUGUGGCAGAGAAACCAUCAAUUGCAAAAGAAGUUGCUAACAUAUUGGGUGGUGGAAAUAUUAGAGUUAGACAAUCAAAAAAUAAAUAUAUUAAAAAUUAUGAUUUUAGAUUUUCAUUUUCAAAUACUGGUUCAUGUGAUGUUACAAUGACCUCUGUAUUGGGGCAUCUAACUAAUCUUGAUUUUCCUAGUUCUUAUGCUUGGGGUAAAUGUUCUCCAAGUCAAUUAUUUUCUGCAAAUAUUAUAACAAAAAUUACUCAAAAAGAAGUAUUUGACAAUAUAUCAAAUGAAGCUAGAAAUUCAGAUAAAUUAAUGAUUUGGACUGAUUGUGAUAGAGAAGGUGAAUAUAUUGGUAAAGAAAUAUUCGAUGCAGCCAAUAAGGGAAAUAGAAGAAUUACUAUCAAUAAUGUUUGGAGAAGUAAAUUUUCACAUUUAGAAAGAAAUCAUGUUGUAAGAGCAGCCAAUUCACCAAUUGAAUUAGAUAUGAAAGCUGCAAACGCAGUACAAUGUCGUAUGGAAGUGGAUUUAAGAGUUGGAUUAAGUUUUACAAGACUUUUAACAGAUAAUUUAAAAAGAUCAAGUAUAAUAAAAGAUAAAGAAGUUGCAUCUUAUGGUACUUGUCAAUUUCCAACUUUGGGGUUUGUAGUUGAUAGAUUCAAAAGAGUUAAAAAUUUCAAACCGGAACCAUUUUGGUAUAUAGAGCCAAUGGUACGAAAAGAAAACAAAAAAACAAAUUUUAACUGGGUUAGAGGCCAUAUAUUUGAUAGAUUAUAUGUAAUGCUACUAUAUGAAAAAUGUUUAAAAAAUGAACAUGGUACAAUUACAAAAUUAGAAACAAAACAAACAACAAAUUAUAGACCAUUACCAUUAACUACAGUUGAAUUACAAAAAGAUUGUGCAAAAUAUUUUAAAAUGUCAGCAAAGGCAACAUUAGAAGCAGCUGAAAAAUUAUAUAAUCGUGGGUUUUUAUCUUAUCCAAGAACAGAAACUGAUAAAUAUCCAUCAUCAAUGAAUUUUAAAGAAAUAUUUGAAAAACAAAAACAAGAUUCAAGAUGGGGAUUAUGGAGUACUAAAUUAGUUAAUGAAGGUCAUCAACCACCAAGAUCUGGUUCACAUGAUGAUCAUGCACAUCCAGCUAUUCAUCCAGUAAAUUAUGUAUCAAUUGAUUCUUUAACUUCACAAAAUGAGAAAAAAGUAUAUGAAUAUGUUGUUCGACGGUUUUUGGCUUGUUGUUCAAAAGAUGCAAUAGGAAUGCAAACACUGGCAACUUUAAAAUGGGGUGAUGAAUUUUUCACAGCAGAAGGUUUAAUGGUUACUGAAAGAAAUUAUUUAGAUAUUUUCAUAUACAAGAAAUGGGAAAGUUCCAAACUGUUACCAAAAUUUCAAGAAGGUGAAACUGUAAAAAUAAGUAGUGGGCUAAUGAAAGAAGGUAAAACAAGUCCACCUCAAUUAAUGACAGAAACUGAAUUAAUUGCAUUAAUGGAUGCUAAUGGUAUAGGAACAGAUGCAACAAUUGCAGAACAUAUUGAUAAAAUCAUAAGUAGGAAAUAUGUUAUUAAAGAGAAAAAAGGUAAAACAGAUUAUAUUAUACCUUCUAAACUAGGUAUGGGAUUAAUUGAAGGAUUUGAUAAAAUGGACUUUAAUGGAAUUUCAUUGUCAAAACCAUUUUUAAGAAAAACUUUGGAGAAUAAUUUACAAGAAAUUUGUGAUGGUACUAAGAGAAAAGAAGAAGUUGUUGAGGAAAUGAAACGUAUAUAUUCAGAUGCUUAUAAAGUUUGUAGUAAUAAUAUAGCUAAUAUACAAAUAGUUCAGUAA